AUGGGGCAGCGUCUGAGUGAGGAGACAGACCCAGACAAGGAGAUUGACGUGGCAGAGCUGCAGGAGUGGUACAAGAAGUUUGUGGUGGAGUGCCCCAGCGGCACUCUCUUCAUGCAUGAGUUCAAGAGCUUCUUUGGGGUGACCGACAACCAGGAGGCAGCCAAUUACAUUGAGAACAUGUUCCGCGCCUUCGACAAGAACGGGGACAAUACGAUUGACUUUCUGGAGUACGUGGCUGCACUGAACCUGGUCUUGAGGGGAAAGCUGGAGCAUAAGCUGAAAUGGACAUUUAAGAUGUACGACAAGGAUGGGAGUGGCUGCAUUGACAAGACAGAGCUGCUGGAGAUUGUGGAGUCCAUCUACCGCCUGAAAAAGGCGUGUCAUGGGGAGCUGGAUGAGGAGUGUAACCUACUGACCCCAGAUCAGGUGGUGGACAGGAUAUUCGAGCUGGUGGAUGAGAAUGGAGAUGGCGAGCUCUCCCUGGACGAGUUCAUUGACGGAGCGAGGCGGGACAAAUGGGUGAUGAAGAUGCUGCAGAUGGACGUGAAUCCAGGAGACUGGAUCAACGAGCAGCGACGAAGGAGCGCCAAUUUCUGAGAGGAAGAGUCAUAUUUCAGAGCACACAUGGAACAGGGACUGAGAUCUGUCCCACUCCUACGCUG